ACAAUCUGUCCUGCCACUCCCCUGAUUCUACAGCACUCCCUGUUCUUCUGCUCCUCCAUUCACUCCUCACCUCCCUCAUCCUCCACACCUGUUCCUGAUCCACUCAUUAUAAUCCAGUCAACCUGCCACACCUGUGUUCCUCUGUUCCCCAGUCCUUUAUAAACACCAGCCCUUCAGUCACUCAUUGUCGGACCUUGACCUACACUCAGCGGACUCACACCUACUCCCUUCCAUGGUUCCAGUUCACAGUAAGAUCUAUUCUGUUGUAUCCAGUCGUGUUAAUAAAGAACGGUAACCUGCUCUUGUCUCCUGAGAGUCCUGUGUAACAGAAGGUCCGACCUAAACAAAAUGUGCUGGAGAAGAUGCAUUCUGGUGAAACUGCUGCUGGACCUGGAGGUCUUCCUUUCCCCCAAGGACAUCAGGGUGGUCCACACAGCAUUGGAAAACUACGUGAACACACUGGCGGAGUUCCCCGGACCCGUGGAGAGGAUACGGGUGUCGGUGGAACUGGUGACUCAGCUGGAGGCCAGACCAGCCCUCCUCCUUAUCUUCCCGGACUUGGCCGAACUAGUAAAGGAGGCAUGGGAAGUUUUUACGGAGGCUCAAUUGGUGAAUGUGGGGUUGAGAGCGCCACCAGAAACUCCCCCGGCUUCCACACCAGAGUCUGCAGCGUCUUCCCCGGCUUCCACGCCGGUAUCUCCAGCGUCUUCCCCGGCUUCCACGCCGGUAUCUCCAGCGUCUUCCCCGGCUUCCACGCCGGUAUCUCCAGCGUCUUCCCCGGCUUCCACGCCGGUAUCUCCAGCGUCUUCCCCGGCUUCCACGCCAGCGGCUCCAGCUCCUGUCCUCACCGCCCUCCUGUCGUCCUCCCAGGCCGUCUGGAAUCCGGCCUUCUGGAGGGGGGGGGGUACUGUUACAAUCUGUCCUGCCACUCCCCUGAUUCUACAGCACUCCCUGUUCUUCUGCUCCUCCAUUCACUCCUCACCUCCCUCAUCCUCCACACCUGUUCCUGAUCCACUCAUUAUAAUCCAGUCAACCUGCCACACCUGUGUUCCUCUGUUCCCCAGUCCUUUAUAAACACCAGCCCUUCAGUCACUCAUUGUCGGACCUUGACCUACACUCAGCGGACUCACACCUACUCCCUUCCAUGGUUCCAGUUCACAGUAAGAUCUAUUCUGUUGUAUCCAGUCGUGUUAAUAAAGAACGGUAACCUGC